AUGUUCGUCAUGGUCACUGGGUGGGUGAUGGCACUUGGAUCCACACCCGCAUUAGACACGCUCUGUUCUCAGUCAUGGACGGGUGCCGAAGAUCGACAUGAAGUUGGCAUUCACCUACAAAGAGCACUCAUGAUCCUCUCAUUGAUGUACAUCCCGAUUGCCCUCCUUUGGUUCUUUGCCGAGCCGGUUUUACUGGCUUUGGGACAGGAACCAGAAUUAAGCAGAAUGAGCGCUUUGUUUAUGAGGUGGUUGAUUCUGGGUGCCCCUGGGUAUAUUUACUUUGAAGCCAUCAAAAAAUACUUGCAAGCUCAAGGCAUCAUGCAUGCUUCUACAUUGGUAUUAAUGAUCGCUUCUCCUCUCAACCUACUCUACCUCUACCUCCUCGUACCCAAACUCGGCUUCAUUGGCGGCGCAAUUGCAAUCUGCAUCACAUACUGGUCAAUGCUCAUUCUCCUUAUCGGGUACGCAGUGCUCAUUAACGGAUCAGAGGGCUGGGGCGGUUGGUCUCGUAAAUCCUUGCAGCAGUGGGGAACAUUUUUGAAGCUCGCUAUUGCUGGGAUACUGAUGGUUGGCAGCGAAUGGAUUGCUUUUGAAAUUGUGGCUAUUCUGGCGGGGUGGUUGGGAACCGUUCCGCUUGCGGCACAGAGUGUGGUUAUGACUGCGGAUCAGAUCUUGAAUACGAUUCCUUUUGGUAUAUCAAUCGCAACUAGCAACCGCGUUGGUAACCUUUUAGGCCUUGGCUGCGCUCGCCGAGCACGCAUGUCCUCUUAUGCGUCGGCCUUCCUUGCUGCUACAAUGGGUACCAUCAUGCUCAUAACUUUGAUGCUCUCCCGCACAACUCUCCCCCUUCUCUUCUCAUCGUCUCCGGAAGUAGUGGACCUGGUUGCACGGGUUCUUCCGUACGUGGCUCUCUUCCAAAUCGCCGACGGUCUAGCCAAUGCGUGUGGAGGGGCGCUGCGUGGAAUGGGACGACAGAAGAUUGGGGCAUGGUGUAACUUGAUCGGAUAUUAUGUUUUGGCAUUACCAAUGGGUGUCGCCUUGGCAUUUAAAGGUCGUAUGGGUUUGAUUGGGCUUUGGGUUGGACAGUGCGCUGCAUUGUGCAUUGUAGGGGUAUUGGAAUUGGGAGUCAUUUCCUUGGGAACGAAUUGGCGAAAGGAAGUUGAGUUGUGUAAGAAACGAGUAGCGAUGGGGGAGAUAUGCGGUGGACAUUAG